UUCAGAAAAGCCCGAGACGGCCCUGCCCAAAUCGAAAACACAACACACGGCUCUCUCCAGUGACUUGCCACGCCAGCAUCUUCCAUACCUCUCCAGCUUUCCCACGGCACCACAGCAGUCCAGUCGAUGAGCCGGCCCACGGGCGCGUGGCAGCACCACCAGCACCGGGGGCACAUGUGGGCCACCUCCCCGUCCUUCCGCAGGCAGCUCGUCCUGCUCCGCACCCUCCUCCCUCCCCCCACCGCCGUCGGCACCUCGUCCACUUCCUCCUCCUCGAGCUCUCUCCGGUCCCGUGCGAUGGCAGGGUCGGCGGUGUAUGAGGCGGACGCGGAGGCUGUGGUCCGGCGGAUCACGCCGCCGCUCGACCGCACCCGGCACAAGGGGCAGGCAGGAAAGAUAGCAGUAAUCGGUGGAUGCCGUGAGUAUACUGGUGCUCCUUACUUUGCCGCUAUCUCUGCCCUGAAAGUUGGUGCAGAUCUUUCACAUGUUUUCUGUACGAAAGAUGCUGCAACAGUAAUUAAGAGUUACAGCCCUGAACUGAUUGUACAUCCAAUACUAGAGGAAUCUUACAGUGUAAGGGAUGAUGAACGAGCAUAUGUUUCUUCUAAAAUUCUCACUGAAGUUGCAAAGUGGAUGGAACGCUUUGAUUGCAUUGUCGUUGGUCCUGGCCUUGGAAGGGACUCAUUUCUUCUGGAUUGUGUGAGUAAUAUCAUGAGGCACGCACGGCAGGCUAAUAUUCCAACUGUUGUUGAUGGGGAUGGCCUUUUUCUUAUAACCAAUAACCUUGGUCUUGUUGAACACAACCCUCUUGCCAUUUUAACACCAAAUGUAUAUGAGUACAAGCGUCUUGUUCAGAUGGUUCUUAAUUGUGAUGUAAAUGAGGAAACUGCUUCUGAGCAACUGACUGCGCUUUGCCAAAAAAUUGGUGGUGUAACAAUUAUGCGGAAAGGAAAAGCAGAUCUCAUUAGUGAUGGUAAAACAGUGACACAAGUGAGUACUUUUGGUUCCCCAAGGCGAUGUGGUGGUCAAGGCGACAUCCUUUCUGGAAGUGUGGCAGUAUUUUCAUCGUGGGCACGGCACUUCAUCUUGUCAAAUGUGCAACCUACAGCAGAGAGAGUUAAUCCUAUGACCCUUGGGUGCAUAGCUGGCUCUCUACUGCUCAGGAAAGCUGCAUCGCUUGCCUUCGAGAAGAACAAGAGAUCAACUGUCACCACUGAUAUCAUUGAGUUCUUGGGCAAAAGCUUGCAAGAUAUCUGCCCUGCUGAGCACUAAUUGCUGUGUAUAUUUAAUCUCCACUUCGAAUAAUGUUUAUCCAGGCAUUUUGAUGCCUGCGUCUUCUGUUCAUAUGUACAUAUUUGUUGAACUGGAAUAGGAUGUUACCACCCUUGUAUGCAAUCUCAGUGUUGUUGAGAAGUACUCCUUAGAAUUAA